AGAGAGGCCCAAGACUUGGUGGGUUUGUCCGUUUGUGAAUCAUAACGGGGACGAGCGAGUGUUGGAAGUAUAGGAAGCAAAACCCAGUUCAAAAUGGCGGCACCGUUACCCCCAAAUCGAAACCCUUCUAUCUAAUAUACAAACAGAGAGAAACAAAGGGUUAGUGUGCUUAUACAACCUGUGUGAGAGAGACUGAAGAUCAGCUUGGGUUCUUUCUCAGGGUUUGUUUCAGUAGUACUGUGAUUUUUGUAUUUGGAUUUAUUGUGAAAAUAGUGUUCCCACUGCGUAUGGGGAAAGGUGAUAGAACUGGGUUUGUGGGUAUCGGUGAUGACUCACAGAAAACAUCAUCAUUUGAAUGUGAUGUUGGGUUGGGUUUGAAGAUGCAACCCACUGAAUCUGAAUCAUUAUCAUUUUCUUGUCCAAGAAAGAUGAUGAGAAUGCCUCAUCAUCCUUCUUAUGAGAAUAGCUCUAGGGGUUAUGCAGGCGAUGAAGGUGGUGGACCCGUAUUUUGUAGCUUAAGCAAUCAGGUGGCGUGUGUGAGCGAUAUCUACAAUGUUGUCGGCGCUAGUUCUCUCUCUGGGGCUACAGUUUUGCCAAGGUCGUCGCACACCUUUACUGCUAAUACGUCUUUCAGAUCCUCAGGACAAGGCAUGCCAGCCUCUGGUAAAGUUGCGUUAACACGGUCUCAGUGGCAAGAGCUUGAGAGACAGAUGAUGAUUUACAAGUACAUGAUGGCCUCUAUCCCUAUUCCUCCUGAACUUCUCUUGUCCAUCACCAGAAGUCCCUCACAUAUUCCUUUCGCCCAAUCUAACAUCUCUGGUUUGGAUUUGAGGUUCUCAAGUGGCUCGGAUCCAGAGCCAUGGAGGUGUAGAAGGACAGAUGGGAAGAAAUGGCGGUGCUCGAGGGACGUGGCGCCUGAGCAGAAGUACUGUGAGCGGCAUGCCCACAAAAGCCGGCCCCGUUCAAGAAAGCCUGUGGAAAUUCAAUCCCACACCACCACCACCAACAACACCAACACCAACAUCAAAAUUGACAAUCACCACCCAUUGAUCCUUCCAAGUAAUACGGCUACCACCCAGCCAUUUCAAAAGCCUAUUCCCCACUUCCCAACGUCGGUCUCUCCUACGACUACCUCACAUGAUCUUCCCAGGGGCAUUGAAUGGUUCUUGAAAGGUGGCACUGGCACCAUCCCUGUCUCUACUUGUGACCAGCAAUGGCAGCAACUGCUGCAACCAUCAUCGGGAGUGGGAUUAAAGAGAGACCACACAAACCAGAUUAAAGAUGUGCGUGGUUUAAAUCAACAUUGCGAGGGACUGGAAGAACCCACGAACUUGAAUCCGUACGCUGAUAGUGGUAGUGCUAGUGGCCAGAGAUUGAAACAUCAACUGCUCAGUGACCAGUGUGGCUCAUUACUUAACCCCAAACUUGCCUGUCUCCAAGGAAAUGACACAACACAAAAAACAAGGCACUUCAUUGAUGCAUGGUCAACGGCAGAGAACGAAUGUUUCGAUGAAAACAGAGGGAAGUGGUCCGUGUAUUCCAGUAGGAAGCCGCCACUCUCGUCCCUUACACUCUCAAUGUCUCAUGGGAAUGGGACUGAUGAAGAGUAUGAACAUGCCCAAAUGGGCUUGGGGAUUUUGGAUUCAGAAAGAGAUGGUGGGAUUUUGAAAACCCAGUGGCUGAACCCUGUUUCAUGGACAGGUUCACCACCUGGUGGACCAUUAGGUGAAGCCUUGUGUCUUAGCAUCGCCAGUACUGCAAAAGCAACUUCUAAUGUGCCAUCCCCUCAAGGCUAUAGCAACAGCAAUACCACCAGCAGCUGCAGCAAAAGCUCUUGCGAGGAUGGCAGCCAUGCUCAUAAUUUCAUUGGGUGA